AGAAAGAACACCAGUUUUGGAGUCAGUUCAGACUUGUGCCUGCCUGCUGCAUAGCUGAAAUCUUGGGCAGCUCUUUCCAGCUGGCAUGGCAGUAAAACCAAUGUGUAUGCCCACACAAAUAUCCGAUGAUGAAGAUACACAAAAAGAAGAUAAUAUCCGUUGUUUAACUAUGAUUGGUCAUUUUGGUUUUGAAUGUUUGCCUCAUCAGUUAGUGGACAGAUCUAUUCAACAAGGAUUCUCUUUUAAUAUUCUCUGUGUGGGGGAAACUGGAAUUGGAAAGUCAACACUGAUCAACACGUUGUUUAAUACUAAUUUGAAAGACAAAAAAUCCUCACAUUUUUAUCCAAAUGUUGAACUUAAAAUUCAGACAUAUGAUCUUCAGGAAAGCAAUGUUCAGUUGAAAUUAUCUGUUGUGAAAACAGUGGGAUAUGGUGAUCAAAUAAACAAAGAAGCCAGUUACCAGCCAAUAGUUGACUACAUAGAUGCUCAAUUUGAGACCUAUCUUCAAGAAGAAUUGAAGAUUAAACGUUCCUUUGUUGAUUACCAUGAUUCUCGUAUCCAUGUGUGCCUUUACUUCAUUUCACCUACAGGACAUUCUUUGAAGUCUCUUGAUCUAUUAAUGAUGAAAAACAUUGGCAGUAAGGUAAAUCUUAUACCACUGAUUGCCAAAGCAGAUACAAUUUCUAAAACUGAUUUACAGAAAUUUAAGUGUAAGAUAAUGAGUGAAUUGGUUAGUAAUGACAUCCAGAUAUACCAGUUCCCAACAGAUGAUGAAACUUCUGCUCAAGUGAACUCCUCAAUGAAUGAACACUUACCUUUUGCUGUAGCAGGGAGUAUGGAUGAGGUCAAAGUUGGAAAAAGGAUGGUCAGAGGCCGUCAGUACCCUUGGGGAGUUUUACAAG